AUGGCUCCGCCUACCGACAAGCAGCUCCAAUGGGCAAAAGAGCAAGUGCUUCAGCAUGGACCCUUGCCUCGCUUCUGGAGGAUGCAGGUAUGCUCGUUGCACUCACCCCAUACAUACCUUCCGCUGACGAUAAUAGCCUCACCCCUUGGAUGCCGAGAGAGGAGUCUAUCGAGGAUGGUCGGGGUAAGACAAGUUUCCUACACGAAGGCCCUGCGAAACUAACAGAUCACAGUGAACGUAUCUUUGAGAACCAUCCGAACAGCAUCUACUUUGACGAUGAAGCCAGCAGCGAAUUCAUCGAGGAAGAGUUCGUAGAUGGGUCCUUCGCAGCACCUGAGCAGCAACUCGGAGUACUGCAUCCACCACAGUACGGUGAAGGCGUCUGGACGUGGCAGUCGGCAGCGAGCCCUGUAGAGGCUGUCAUCCAAGCUGUCAUGGCAUGUGAACUGUACGGAUACGGCAACGCGCGUCCCCAGGAGAGCUACUUGAAGCACAUCUACACGACACAGGUCCUGUCGCCAGAGCCCGACGCAUAUCCUCAAGUCAUGUAUCACCCAGCAGAUGCAAACAAGACGCCGCACCCGCAGGAGCCAGAGACUGCUGCUUUCACGAGACGACUGGGUUUUGCUCUGGUGGUCGUGUCGUUCGAUCACGGACACUGGGCAAACUGCUUUGCUCCGCGGACCAGCAUCGCCAAUACCACGACACGAUGGAGCCUCGGUGCAAACUACGAGUUGUAUCCUCCCCUUUACCUCGGAUAUGGUGCUGGAACGUGGUGGUGGCUGAGGGCCAAGAGCCAGGCCACGUAUAGCCUCUGGUCACCGCCAGCAAACAGCUGGGCCAGUCUCAUCGACGACAUCCGCAAGAACGGUGUCUCUUUCCCGUUCAACGAAGACGCGAUGAUUCAGGUCGGCGUCCGCAUUCAGCGCAUGAUCCGCAUGGGCAUGCCGCUGCCAGAUCCGUCGACGAUGGACCAGCUGGUGUCCAAGCUGGCGUAUCGUCUCGCCGCCUCACAGGAGGAUGCUUCUUUCCUUGAGGUAAGCAAACAUUCCCGCUACCCGUUUGACACCCACUGACUCGCAACAGCAAUGGAAUGAGAAGGCACGUGAUAUCAAACAUCCCGCAGUCUCCUUCAGCCGGUUGACGAAAUUGAUCGCCUGCUCCGGCAGCAAACGUGCGCGUGCGCUUGCCAUUGCAUAUGAUCGAGCGCUCCGGGUUCGGGCUUCAAGCACGGACACCCCCGCCUCAGACCAUCGAGACUAUCUCGUUGCGCUAUCACCAGACUUGUCCCGUGCCCGACAACAAGCCAACGGCUCCUCUCUCCCGGCGCAGCAAGCAGCGGCGUCCAAGACUACAACUGAGGCUGCACCAGCCAAGAGUUCUGCCGAAGCUCCACCGUCUGCUCCCAUCGACAAGUCUCCGCCAGCCGUCGCUCCUGGUAAGGCGCUAUCAGCCGUCAGUGCUAAUGACCCUGUACCAUUCACGUCCAUGGUCUCUAAUCAUAUCGAUUCUCUGUUCCGGCGCGCCGAGGAGCACGCAGAACUCAAGGAGAUGGAGGAGACCACUAAGAUUGACGAGGCAGGGGAGGACGGGUUCGGGCCUCAAGCGUACGGUCCGGCUGCGCUGGCGGCGUGGGCGCAGUGGGAAGAGGAGGUGAAACAACAGCGCGCGGAGGAUCAGCGGAGGUGUAUUGCGGCCGAACAAGCCAAAAAGCUUGGAAUGGUCUCAAAGGUCUCGAUGUUGCUAGAAAAGUAUAACAGGAAGUAG